CUUGCUUCUAAAAUUGACAGAUAAAUAUGGCGGCUUCCUUCGUUCGUCUUCUUUGUGGAGGGCUGAGUAGAAGUUUUAAUUCUGCCUAUUGGAAUGCUGGUCAGCAUGCAAGGUUGGAGACUACUUCGGCUGAGAUCAGACCCACCGUCAGGCCCAAGGAUACCGUUACACAAGACCACCUUUCAGCUUUUGGAGGGUAUGUUGCAGAGAUGCUCCCUAAGUAUGUGCAGCAAGUCCAGGUGACUUGUUUCAAUGAGCUAGAGGUAAUGAUACACCCUGAUGGGAUCGUUCCUGUGCUCACGUUCCUGCGGGAUCACACCAAUGCCCAGUUCAGGAACAUGACAGACCUCACUGCAGUGGAUAUCCCAACACGCCAGAAUCGCUUUGAGAUCGUAUACAACCUGCUCUCACUUCGUUACAACUCCCGGAUCCGAGUGAAGACAUACACGGACGAACUGACCCCUUUAGACUCCUCGGUCUCUGUCCAUCAGGCUGGAAACUGGUAUGAGAGGGAGGUGUGGGACAUGUACGGAGUUUUCUUUGCAAACCAUCCAGAUCUCCGAAGGAUUCUCACAGAUUAUGGAUUUGAAGGGCAUCCAUUCAGAAAGGAUUUUCCUCUCUCAGGAUAUGUUGAGCUGCGUUAUGAUGAUGAGGUGAAGAGGGUGGUAGCUGAGCCUGUGGAACUAUCUCAGGAGUUCCGCAAAUUUGACCUGAACAGCCCCUGGGAGGUUUUCCCCGCCCACCGCCAGCCCACAGACACUCCCAAGUUGGAGUCUGGAGAUCAGAAGCCAUAGACCGUCUUGUCCUAAUAGCCCCAUGGUCUGACAUCAUCCUGGUUAAGAUCUCUCUUAACAUCAUUGUUCAGAUGAGCCAGUAGUUUACUAAUUAUGUAAAUAAAG